CGCGCGCACACUCACAAACACACACAAGGAGCUUGGUGGAGUUAAGAUGGCGGCAUGUGGCUGAGGAGGCUGGGAUUCUGAAGGAUUUUUCGCCCUAAAACGAUUUUUAUGAAAUCACGCACGCACAAUAAUCGAAGAAUAACAAUUUCCAUUUCUUCUACUCGCCUGUGUAUAACUCUAGAGUGAGCCCAUGACAUCAAUACACUUCGUUGUCCACCCGUUGCCCGGGACCGAGGAUCAGCUCAAUGACAGGCUUCGGGAAGUCUCAGAAAAACUGAACAAAUACAGCUACAACAGUCAUCCGCAUCUUAAUCUGCUGGAGCAGGCCACUCUAAAACAGUGUGUUGUUGGUCCAAACCACGCUGGAUUUCUCCUUGAGGAUGGACGCGUGUGCAGAAUCAGCUUUUCUGUCCAGCCCGAUCGCAUGGAGCUCAGUAAACCGGAUGGCAGCGAUGGUUCAAAGUUGAGCAGUGGUUCAGGGACAGGAAGGAGCUCCAGAGCAGGCAGGACCAGUGAUCCGCCCUGGUUCCUGUCUGGUUCUGACACACUGGGCAGACUGGCAGGCAACACCCUUGGGAGUCGCUGGAGCUCUGGGGUAAAUGGAGGCAGUGGAGGAAGUGGCAGUGGAGGAGGAGCGGGAGGAGGUGGAGCUGGAGGCGGCAGCAGUGGAGGAGGAGGCAGCAGCGGAGGCGGAGGCGGUGGCGGCACGUCAGGCAGGUCGUCGACGGCGGCUCGUGAUUCCCGUCGCCAGACCAGGGUGAUCCGUACCGGAAGAGACCGUGGUUCGGGCCUGUUGGGCAGCCAGCCGCAGCCAGUCAUCCCAGCAUCAGUCAUCCCUGAGGAGCUCAUUACACAGGCCCAGGUGGUCCUGCAGGGAAAAUCUAGGAGUGUGAUCAUCAGGGAGCUCCAGAGGACAAACCUGGAUGUAAACCUCGCUGUCAACAAUCUGCUGAGUCGUGAUGAUGAAGAUGGAGAUGAUGGAGAUGACACAGCUAGUGAAUCCUACCUCCCUGGUGAGGACUUGAUGUCCCUAUUAGAUGCAGACAUUCACUCAGCCCAUCCCAGUGUCAUCAUCGACGCAGACGCCAUGUUCUCCGAGGACAUCAGCUACUUUGGUUACCCCUCUUUUCGGCGUUCCUCACUCUCCCGACUGGGAUCCUCUAGAGUUCUCCUUCUCCCCCUAGAGCGCGACUCAGAGCUGUUGCGUGAGCGCGAGUCUGUAUUGAGGUUACGUGAACGCCGGUGGCUUGAUGGAGCCUCAUUUGACACAGAACGAGGUUCCACCAGCCGCGAAGGGGAGCCCAGCCUCGACAAGAAGAGCAUCCCAGUUCAGAGUCCCGUCUCGCUGGGGGAGGAGCUUCAGUGGUGGCCUGACAAGGAUGGUGUGAAGUUUGUGAGCAUUGGAGCCAUGUUCUCCGAGCUGGUAGCUGUGAGCACCAAAGGGGAGCUCUACCAGUGGAAGUGGAGCGAGCCUGAACCCUACAGAAAUCCUCAGAACCCUUCCAAUCAUCACCCUCGUGCAUCUUUCCUGGGCCUGACCAACGAAAGGAUCACUUUACUGUCUGCUAACAGCAUCAGAGCCACUGUAGCCACGGAGACCAACAAGGUUGCCACCUGGGUGGAUGAGACGUUGAGCACCGUGGCUUCUAAGCUGGAGCACAGCGCUCAGGCUUUUCCUGAACUACAGGGAGAACGCAUGGUUUCACUGCACUGCUGCUCUCUCUACACAUGUGCACAGCUGGAGAACAGCCUCUACUGGUGGGGUGUUGUGCCUUUUAGUCAAAGGAAGAAGAUGCUUGAAAAGGCAAGAGCCAAGAACAAGAAGCCAAAGUCCAGUGCUGGCAUUUCUUCAAUACCCAACAUUACAGUGGGAACACAGGUGUGCUUGAGGAACAACCCCCUGUACCACGCUGGUGCAGUGGCCUUUUCUGUCAGCGCUGGAAUUCCCAAAGUGGGUGUUCUGCUGGAGUCUGUCUGGAACAUGAAUGACAGCUGCAGGUUCCAGCUGCGCUCACCAGAGAGCCUCAAGAAUAUGGAGAAAACUACCAAGACCCAGGAAAUCAAGAUGGAAAGCAAACCCGAACUGGUGAAGACUGAGAUGGGUCCUCCCCCCUCCCCGGCUUCUACCUGCAGUGAUACAUCUUCUAUUGCUAGCAGCGCCUCUCUGCCCUACAAGCGAAGACGCUCCACUCCAGCUCCCAAAGAGGAAGAGAAGGUAAACGAGGAGCAGUGGCCCCUCAGGGAGGUGGUCUUCGUGGAGGACGUCAAAAAUGUUCCUGUGGGGAAGGUGCUCAAGGUGGACGGUGCAUAUGUUGCCGUUAAGUUUCCUGGGACGUCCAGCAGCAUGAACAACCAGAAUACAACUGCUCCCCCUGACUCAGACCCGUCAUCAUUGUUGCAGGACUGCAGGCUUCUCAGAAUAGAUGAGCUCCAGGUGGUCAAAACAGGUGGAACUCCUAAAGUUCCAGAUUGUUUCCAGCGAACACCUAAAAAGCUGUGCAUCCCAGAAAAGGCUGAGAUCCUGGCUGUAAAUGUCGACUCAAAAGGAGUCCAUGCUGUGCUGAAAACCGGUAACUGGGUGAGGUACUGCAUCUUUGACCUGGCUACAGGCAAAGCAGAGCAGGAGAAUAACUUUCCCACCAGCAAUCUCGCCUUCCUGGGACAAAGUGAGCGCAAUGUGGCCAUCUCCACUGCAGGACAGGAGUCUCCCAUUGUUCUUCGGGACGGAAAUGGCACGAUUUAUCCCAUGGCUAAAGAUUGCAUGGGUGGAAUUCGAGAUCCUGACUGGUUGGACCUCCCUCCCAUUAGCUGUCUGGGAAUGGGGGUUCACUCCUUGGCCAAUCUGCCAUCUAACUCCACCAUAAAGAAAAAGGCUGCUGUUAUUAUCAUGGCAGUUGAGAAGCAGACCCUGAUGCAGCAUGUGCUGCGGUGCGACUACGAAGCUUGUCGGCAGUACUUGGUCAACCUUGAGCAGGCCGUCCUCUUGGAUCAGGGGGGCCAAGCCCUGGAGGCACUUCUGGGCCACCGCUGUGAUGGGAACCGUAACAUCCUCCAUGCUGCUGUCUCUGUCUGUUUCCCUGUUAGUAACAAGGAGACCAAAGAAGAGGAAGAAGCUGAAAGGUCUGAAAGAAACACUUUUGCGGAGCGUCUGUCUGCUGUAGAAGCCAUCGCCAACGCCAUCUCUGUGGUCUCGAGCAAUAGCUCUGGAAACAGGACGGGUUCCUCCAGCAGCAGAGGGCUUCGACUGAGGGAGAUGAUGCGGCGGUCUCUGAGGGCGGCAGGUCUCGGCCGCCAUGAGUCUGGUCCGUCAUCCAGUGACCAUCAGGACCCUGUCUCCCCACCCAUUGCUCCACCAAGCUGGGUCCCUGACCCUCCACCCAUGGACCCCGACGGUGACAUUGACUUCAUUCUGGCUCCUGCUGUUGGCUCACUCACCACGGCCUCCACUGGAACCAGCCAGGGGCCCAGCACCUCCACCAUAGCAGGACCAUCAACUGAGCAGUCUGUGGUGGAGUCCAAAGACAGGAAGGCCAAUGCCCACCUCAUCCUGAAGCUGAUGUGCGACAGUGUUGUUCUGAGGCCACAUCUGCAGGAGCUGCUCUCUGCAAAGGAUGCCAGAGGAAUGACUCCGUUCAUGUUGGCUGUUAGCGGGAGAGCCUAUCCUGCAGCUAUCACGGUGCUGGAGGCGGCACAGAAAAUAGCCAAAGUGGGUGACCCGGCCAUUGGAGAUAAGGACGGGGCCGAUUCUGUGUUCAUGGAAAUGAUCUGCCCAUCGGGUACCAACCCAGAUGAUUCUCCACUGUACGUUCUCUGCUGCAACGACACCUGCAGUUUCACUUGGACUGGAGCCGAGCACAUUAACCAGGACAUAUUUGAGUGUCGAACGUGUGGCCUGCUGGAGUCCCUCUGCUGCUGCACGGAGUGUGCAAGAGUGUGCCACAAAGGACAUGACUGCAAGUUGAAAAGGACCUCACCUACAGCCUACUGUGACUGUUGGGAGAAAUGUAAAUGUAAAACACUAAUUGCUGGACAGAAGGCCGCUCGCUUGGAUUUGCUGUACAGGUUGCUCACGACGACGAACCUGGUCACAACUCCAAACAGCAGGGGGGAGCAUAUAUUACUGUUCCUGGUCCAGACUGUGGCCAGACAAAGUGUUGAGCACUGUCAGUACAGACCACCACGCAUCAGAGAAGACAGGAACCGCAAAGCUGCCAACGCUGAAGAUUCUGAUAUGCCUGACCAUGACCUCGAACCGCCUCGCUUUGCUCAACUUGCUCUGGAGAGGGUUCUGCAGGACUGGAAUGCCCUCAAAUCAAUGAUCAUGUUUGGUUCUCAGGAAAACAAAGACCCACUUAGUGCCAGCAGUAGAAUCGCCCACCUCCUGCCUGAAGAACAGGUCUACUUGAAUCAACAAAGUGGCACCAUCCGCCUUGACUGUUUCACACAUUGCCUCAUUGUCAAAUGUGCUCCUGACAUCACAUUCAUUGACACAUUGCUGGGGACCCUGGUGAAAGAGCUGCAGAACAAAUACACUCCUGGCCGGAGAGAGGAGGCAGUGAUUGUUACCAGGAGGUUCCUGCGCUCCGUAGCGCGAGUUUUCGUCAUUCUCAGCGUGGAAAUGGCAUCGUCAAAGAAGAAAAACAACUUCAUCCCGCAGCCGAUUGGGAAGUGCCGGCGUGUUUUCCAGGCCCUGCUCCCGUACGCUGUGGAGGAGCUGUGUAACGUGUCGGAGUCUCUCAUCGUCCCCGUCCGCAUGGGCAUAGCGCGACCCACGGCUCCUUUCACCUUGGCCAGCACGAGCAUCGAUGCGGUUCAGGGCAGCGAGGAGCUCUUCUCUGUGGAACCGCUUCCACCGAGACCCUCACCCGACCAAUCAAGCAGCUCUAGCCAAACCGCUGCCUCCUAUAUCAUCAGAAACUCUCAGCCCAGACGCAGCAGCCAGUCUCAGCCUGUCAGGGGACGAGACGAGGAGCAGGACGACAUCGUGUCAGCUGAUGUGGAGGAGGUUGAAGUUGUGGAGGGAGUAGCAGGGGAAGAAGACCACCAUGACGACCAGGAAGAGCAGGGAGAGGAAAAUGCAGAGGCGGAGGGUCAGCAUGAUGAGCACGACGAGGAUGGAAGUGACAUGGAGCUGGACCUUCUGGCAGCAGCUGAAACCGAGAGCGACAGUGAAAGUAACCACAGUAAUCAGGAUAACGCCAGCGGUCGCAGGAGUGUUGUCACUGCAGCAACCGCUGGCUCUGAAGCAGGCAGUAGGGUGUCCUUGGCAUUUCCUAUUUUUGGCGCCAGCAGUGUCCCUGCCUUCUUUUCAGAGGAUGACUCUCAGUCCAAUGACUCCAGCGACUCGGACAGCAGCAGCAGUCAGAGUGACGACGUUGACCAGGAGACCUUCCUGCUGGAUGAGCCUCUGGAGAGAACCAGCAGCUCUUCGCACGCCAACAGCGCGGCCCAGGCUCCUCGCUCCAUGCAGUGGGCUGUUAGGAACACCCCCAGCCAAAGGGCCAGUGGGAACGCUCCCUCCAGCUCCUCAGCACCUGCUGCGAGCUCAACUGGCUUGAUUUAUAUCGACCCCACCAACCUGCGCCGCUCCAGCGCCAUCAGCUCCAGUGCUGCUGCAGCGGCUGCAGCUUUGGAGGCCAGCAACUCCAGCAGCUACCUGACAUCGGCCAGCAGCCUGGCUCGCGCCUACAGCAUCGUCAUCAGGCAGAUUUCAGACCUGAUGAGCUUGAUUCCCAAGUACAACCAUCUGGUUUAUUCUCAGUAUCCUGCUGCUGUAAAACUCUCCUACCAGGAUGCAGUUAACCUACAGAACUACGUGGAGGAAAAGCUGAUUCCCACCUGGAACUGGAUGGUGUCCAUCAUGGACUCCACAGAGGCCCAACUGAGAUACGGUUCAGCCCUGUCGUCUGCUGGAGACCCGGGUCACCCCAGUCACCCGCUGCACGCCUCCCAGCACUCAGCGCGGCGGGAGCGCAUGACCGCUCGGGAAGAGGCCAGCCUCCGCACUCUGGAAGGACGAAGGAGAGCAGCCACUCUGCUGACGGCUCGUCAGGGCAUGAUGUCGGCUCGGGGCGACUUCCUGAACUACGCUCUGUCACUGAUGCGCUCCCACAACGACGAGCAUUCUGACGUGCUUCCUGUCUUGGACGUGUGCUCGCUGAAACACGUAGCUUAUGUUUUCCAGGCUCUGAUAUACUGGAUUAAGGCUAUGAACCAGCAAACCACCCUGGACACCCCCCAAAUGGAUAGAAAGAGAAACCGAGAAAUCUUAGAACUUGGUUUGGACAAUGAGGAUUCUGAGCACGAGAAUGACGAGGACACUAAUCAAAGUUCAACCUUGCAGGACAAGGAUGAGGAGUCGGUUCCAGCUGAGAUGGGUCAAAACCACCCGUUCUUCCGCCGCUCUGACUCCAUGACCUUCUUAGGCUGCAUCCCUCCCAACCCUUUCGACGUCCCUCUGGCAGAGGCCAUUCCGCUGGCAGACCAGCCCCAUCUGCUGCAGCCUAAUGCCAGAAAGGAGGACCUGUUUGGACGCCCCUCUCAGGGCUUGUAUUCGUCCUCUUACAUGGCAACCAAAGGCCUGGCUGAUGGAAGCAUGGACAGAAACUGCCUGGAGGUAAACAUGGGCUCCUCUCUACCCUCCCCCUCCCAGAUCCUCCCUACCAAAAUGUCGUAUUCCGCCAACCUGAAGAACGUCAUGAACAUGGAAACCAGACAGAGGAGCGCUGAGAACCAGUCACUGGGGGAGCAGGAGCUGGAGGCUUCUAAACCUGGGCCUUCGCCUCAUGACCUCGCAGCCCAGCUGAAGAGCAGCCUGCUCGCUGAGAUCGGCCUCACUGAGAGCGACGGUCCUCCGCUGCCGUCCUUCAGACCUCACUGUAGUUUCAUGGGGAUGAUGAUAUCUCACGAUAUGUUACUGGGCCGCUGGCGUCUGUCGUUGGAGCUGUUUGGUCGGGUCUUCAUGGAGGACGUCGGAGCUGAGCCUGGAUCUAUUCUAACUGAACUCGGCGGCUUUGAGGUGAAGGAGUCCAAGUUCCGGCGGGAGAUGGAGAAGUUGAGGAACCUGCAGUCGCGUGACCUGGCCCUGGAGGUGGACCGUGAUCGAGACCAGUUAAUCCAGCAGACCAUGCGUCAGCUCAAUGCGCACUUUGGCAGGCGGUGCACAACAACGCCUAUGGCCGUCCACCGGGUGAAGGUCACCUUCAAAGACGAGCCCGGAGAGGGCAGCGGCGUGGCCCGCAGCUUCUACACGGCUAUCGCGCUGGCACUCCUGUCCAACGACAAGCUACCCAACCUGGACUGUGUUCAGAGUGUCAGCAAGGGCAUGCAGGCCAGCAGUACGUGUCAUCACGAUUACAAUUCAAACCUCAUGCAACGCCUGAGGAACCGAGACAGGGAGAGGGAGAGGAGAAGUGGAGGGCUUCGAGCGGGAUCGCGGAGGGACCGAGACAGGGACUCCAGGAGGCAACUCUCUAUAGAUACCAGGCCGUUCAGGCCUUCGUCUGAAGGAAACCCCAGUGAUGAGCCCGACCCUCUUCCAGCACACAGACAGGCUCUGGGGGAAAGGCUGUACCCCAGAGUUCACACCAUGCAGCCGGCGUUUGCCAGUAAAAUUACCGGCAUGCUGCUGGAGCUGUCUCCGGCUCAGCUGCUGCUGCUACUGGCCAGUGAGGACUCUCUCAGAGCCAGAGUGGAAGAGGCCAUGGAGCUUCUCAUCGCGCAUGGAAGGGAAAAUGGUGCAGACAGCAUUCUGGAUCUGGGACUCCCCGAGGCUCCAGAGAAAGCUCAGCAACAGGAGAACCGUAAACGUCAUGGUUCUACACGUAGCGUGGUUGACAUGGAGCUCGAUGACCCAGAUGACGGGGACGACAACGCGCCGCUCUUCUACCAGCCCGGCAAACGGGGCUUCUACUCCCCUCGGCCUGGAAAGAACACAGAGGCCAGACUUAACUGUUUUCGUAAUAUUGGCAGAAUACUGGGGUUAUGCCUGCUGCAGAAUGAACUCUGUCCAAUCACAUUGAACAGACACGUCAUUAAAGUGCUUCUUGGCAGAAAGGUGAACUGGCAUGACUUUGCCUUCUUUGACCCUGUCAUGUAUGAGAGCCUGCGGCAGCUCAUACGCCAUUCCCAGACCGGUGAAGCCGAUGCAGUUUUUGCUGCCAUGGAUCUGGCCUUUGCCAUUGAUCUGUGUAAAGAAGAAGGAGCUGGACAGGUGGAGCUGGUAUCUGGUGGAGUCAACAUGCCAGUGACUCCUCUCAACGUCUAUGAGUAUGUGAGGCGGUACGCAGAGCACAGGAUGCUGGUGGUGGCCGAGCAGCCGCUCCAUGCGAUGAGGAAGGGUUUGCUGGACGUACUUCCUAAAAACGCUCUGGAGGACCUGACAGCCGAGGACUUCAGGCUGCUGGUGAACGGCUGUGGAGAAGUCAAUGUCCAGAUGCUGAUCAGCUUCACUUCUUUCAACGAUGAAUCAGGGGAGAAUGCAGACAAACUGCUCCAGUUCAAACGAUGGUUUUGGUCGAUAGUGGAAAAGAUGAGUAUGACUGAGAGGCAAGACCUGGUGUACUUCUGGACCUCCAGCCCAUCUCUGCCAGCGAGUGAGGAAGGCUUCCAGCCCAUGCCCUCCAUCACAAUCCGGCCCCCAGACGACCAGCACCUCCCCACCGCCAACACCUGCAUCUCCCGUCUCUACGUGCCACUCUACUCUUCUAAACAGAUCCUCAAACAGAAACUCCUGCUAGCCAUUAAGACCAAGAAUUUUGGUUUUGUGUAGAGGUGAACUGAAAAGCAUUUAAAAGAAAAGAAAAAAAGGAAAAAAAAGAACAUGUUUACUGUUGUGUAAUAUUUACCUAGCUCCAUUUUUGUAGAUUUAUUUUUUGUCCAAACAAUUUUAUGAAAUUCGACAUGCUGUCUCCCCAGGCAGUGAUAUUCAUUUGUGUUGUAAACACAGACUGCUUAUUCUUAUUUCAACUUUUAUUCUUAUUUUUGUUUCUUUUGUUGUUAAUGAAGAGUUAUAUGGUCCAGAACAUUCCUGCAUAGGCAUUAUUAAAUUUAAAGUCCAUAGUUUUGCUCUAUUGGCUUAAACCUUCGCUUCACAGGAAUUGGGUUUGACAGACAGCUGUCAACCGGAAACCUAGCCAAAGAUGACAGCAGUAGAAAUAUUUAAAAGAAGAAAAGAGACACUGUGAUUACGUUUUUUUUUUCCUUCCCUAGAAAAGUACUAUCACUGACAGUUCACUGCUGCCUUUGUGAAAAGUCAUUUUUUUCUUGUACAGGGGGAGAUGGGAAUUUCAAAAUAAACUUGGAUGCAAAUCA